GCAUCAGUUGUUCAAGCGCAGCGGUCAUCUCAUUCCUCUCCUCGUCAAUGGGACCAUGUUGCACUUGGAUUCUAUAUAGAAAAACCACCAUCUGUGUCGUGAUAAUAUCAUUUAUUUUCAAGCACGACCAAAAGUGAAGAACACACCAGCAGCAGAGUGCGUGCACGUGGAACCAAGUAGACCCAGAGAAGUUUUCCGUCAUGGGAGCGCGUGGAUGGAGCUCGGCGCGUCUUGGCUUCGUCGUUUGUGGAUAUUUGGCGUUUUUCUGCGCAGAGAUUGUUCCGCGGGCUGAGGCGGGCUGCGGGGAGAGGGAGAGCCCGAACUGCUGCACCGGCCGGAAUAACGAAUGCUCCGAGUACAGCAAGAGAAAAACGGUGUGCUACUGUGAUACCUACUGUCAGAAGACCGGAGACUGCUGCGAGGACUACCAGCGGGUGUGCCAAAUAUCUGCAGCCAUUGACUGUGUGGUGGGAUCAUGGGGUCCCUGGUCAGCAUGCACGUCUCCGUGUGGAGUCGGCAGCACAGAGAGGAGUCGCCAGGUUUCUGUUCCCCCCAGAAAUGGAGGCACGCCCUGUCCAGACCUCAAGCAGCGUCGAGGAUGCUUCGGGAACAACGCCAUAUGCAGCACUGCCAAAGAGGUGGCAAAGAUCCUGCCUGACUCUUUCAAGAGGAGCUUCAAAGACCCGUGGAGACGACCACACAUGCUGAUGAAGGAGGAGAAGGCCAGUUACUGUGUGUACCUGCGGGUGAAGCAGACCAGUGCAGCAUGUAAACUCAAACUGUGGAGUGCUCAGCUGGUGAGAGAGAGGCUGAUCUGCGCUGAGUGUCAGAGCGAUGCCAUGUCGAAGUCGGACCGCUGCGGAGGUGACGGCCGGGAGAGCACCAGGACGUUCUGGGCAGCAGCUUCAGUCCCAGGAUGUCACGGCUCCUGGGUCCGGGAGUCGUCUUCAGAGGGCUGCCGCUGUCCUCCCUACUCCGUGCUCUUUGUGUGAGCCGACGUUCGAACCCCGGACAUCCGUGUGCAGGGACGACAUUCCCCUCGACGCCCCCUACUCACUGUGGAGCGCCCUGCCAGCCAAGCCACACCCCUUCAAUCCAGGUCCUUGGAUGGGUAGCUCAAGGAGAUCAACAGCAUCCUGCCACUUUUUUGUCUUUUUCACCUCAUACUCUGUACUGUAUAAACUAUUACUAUAAGCACACAGAAAUCGUUUUGCAUUUAACUUCAGAUUUCCCCGCCACAUUAUGUACUUUCUCUCCUAUAAAGCACAGCAACAUCUAAAUACCUUUUUACCUCUCAAUCUUUGCUAUCUACCUCCAUCAAUGCAAGUGCAUUUUGUUAAUGCAUAAUGUAUAAAUAUAUAAAUAUAUUAUUUUGCUUUAUACAUUUUCUACUUUUGAUUGUUUAUGUGUAAUGUAUAUGUGUCUAUAUAGCUACACUUGUUGUAUCCAACAGUUUAAACACCAAACACCCAGUUUAAGCCCCGAUUCACAGGGCCCUCAAUCACCUGCUGGCUAGAGAUGCUGAAAACUGGUUCAAAUCUUAUCCAUCGCUAGAAUCCUUAAGCCAAUAUGUAUGUGUAUUUUUACCGUUUUGUCCCUGUGGUCAUUUCUUUUUUAACAAAACAUUAAUGCCAGCAAGUCAAGGUGAAUAUCAGGUAUUGAUUCUCAGGUGCUUCGAUUUUGUGUCUCUGUCUCCCAUCGAGCUUCCUCGUUCACGUCUGCCUCUUCUCACGGCGAGUCACCGAUGUUUUUCAGGGUUUAGAAAGUGACUCACCCCUGAAAUCAGUCCCAUCUGUUUAGACCUAAUAUUGUUGGAGAGGAAAAAAGAGCCAUUGAAGAGAAUUUCACUAUGGUUCUCUCUGUCCUCGGUGGCCAAGACUGAAAGGAAAGGCUUCGUCAAUGUUUUUCUCUGUGUCACUCUCACUUCGCGAGGGAGUUCAAUCCAAUUAGAGUAUCUUCCAAUACAAGUAUCCCUUAUUUUGAUAAUCAGCAAAGUGUCCUCCCACCUCCUCGCACUGUUCCUCCUUUUCUUCUCUCCUCUGACUACAUGUUUUCUCUCAAAGAAACUGUCAAAAUUCCCCAACAUCUCUUGUUCGCCUGGUUUUAUACGAGGACUCGUGUAGCACCAGUAAAACUCUCUCCUCCCUGCAACUCUCCGACUUUCUCUCCCUUGUCUGUGCCUAUGUUUGUGUGUUUAUUUAUUAUAAAGCAAGCGAUGAUUUUAUUAGUGCAGCGCAGUAUACUCUGUACACUGUCCAUCAGUAAGAAAAUAAACAACUAU